GAAGGACCGCUUAUGUAAUUAAACGUUACUAGGUAUAAUUAACUUAACGCUGGUUACUUUUGUAGGAAAAAGCGUAGAGGAAAGUUGAGUAAAACAACAACUCAGCGUGACUGAGAGGUGCUCAGCGACAUGUCAAGCACAGCGCUGUAGUGUCUUGUGUUAUAAAACACGUAAUGGCUAAUUCUGAUAAUCUUAUUUAAGUUUCAGGCCAGCUUUCUGAAGCUUCGUUUACUUUGGCUGCCCGGAAGAUGCCGAUAAACAGCUCAAAAAGAAGCUCCUCCACCGCCAUGAUGAAACCAGAUGGCACAAACAGGGCGCAUAACUUGACGGCGAAGCAGAACUCGAUAAUAGCUGCAAAGAUCAAGACGAAGAUCGCCAAUACCUCCUCCUUCUUCAAGGUGUCACUGAAGACCAACAACAGGGCUCUAGCUCUUGCGCUUGUGGCUCAAAAGGAGAAGACGAGACAGCUGGAGAAUGAGGUGGUUCUCCUGAGGAAAGAGGUUGAAAACUUGUGCUUUAAUCUUUCCGUGUGCCGACACAAGCAGAGGCAGCUGGUUAGGAUACUGAAAGAUCUGCAAAGCAGCACCUUAAAUAACUUGGCUGCUGCUGUGGACUUACUUUCCAAAGAGGAUGUAAUUACCGGACCUCACUUCUCCUGA